AAACCUUGGGCUUAUGGGAAGCCUAAUAACUUGCUAGGAGAUGAAACUUGUGUCAGUAUUAUCCAUAUGGUAUGGGUUGAUGCACCAUGUGGAUGGCAGAAAUCUUUUGUGUGCUUUGAUGACAGGAAGACUGGAGCUGACAGGUACAUUCUUAUUACUCAGUUUAUGACUUGGUAUGAUGCUCGGAGCUACUGUAAGCAGCAUCAUACAGACCUGGCCAGUGUGAGAAACCCAACAGAACACUCAAUUGUUGGGGCAUUGAACUCUGGGACCUGGACUUGGAUUGGCCUUGUAAGAGACCCCUGGUAUUGGACAGACCAGACCACCAACGUGUCCGUCAUUAAGUGGUCGCCUGGAAACGCUGAUGAUUAUCUGAAGAAUAAAAGUUGUGUCUAUUUAAAUGGUGGUCUGGCUGAUGUAGAACAGUGCUCAAACAUGAUGCCUUUCUUCUGUUAUGUAUUCCCAACACAGAAGAUCAUAAGAAUGAAGUUGAAGUCCAGUCAGGAUGUGAAUGAUCCUACAAUAAUGACAGCCAUCGAGGAGAAGCUAAAGCAGAAACUGAAGGAUUAUGGAAUGGCUGAGAACAUCACUGUGACAUGGAGAAAGCAACCAGAUGGAGUGGUGUUUCACAAGGAGGAGGAAAACAUUACUGCAGUGACUAACUAGGGAGACUUGUGAUCUCUAAAUCUCAUAUAGUGUAAAUUCUGUAGUCCACUGAUUACUUUUAGUUUGAGGACACAUAGUGUGUGUAAUAUUUUAGAGUUGUUAAAUAGAACUUUUACUAGUAAAAGAUCCCUGAGUUACUAAAGUCUGUGUAAAUGCUGUCACAAAUACAUGAGCAUGUAUGCUAAAUCUUUGCUUGUAUCAGUACGGGAUUUUUUCACUUCUGCUUGUAAGACAGUUGGUUUAGAUUUGAUUUCAUUCUGUACUUUUAAAUGUUCAACUUAUUAACUGUUUCUUCUUUCUUUAUAAGACUCUAUAUUUCAAACAGGCACUGAAUGUCAUGUUUAUUAUAGUACAUAUAUUUAUUGUACAUAAACCAACAGCCCUCUAUAUGAUCUAGAAUAUUUAUUUAGUUUUACUGUGUCUGAUUGUCCUGAGAACAUCGGACAGAUACAAAAACUCUGAUAGACUUUACUACUUUAGUGCAUUUUUAUUCCCUUUCACUGAAAAUAUGGAUGAAGAAGUAAUCAGAUUGACUUGUCAGCUUUUGCUAAAAAUGUUAACUAUUUAAAAUAAAAAGAUUCUGCACAGAACUUAAA